AGUCGCUUCUGCCUCGCAUUAUGAACUCGCUGGCCAUCCUGCUGGUCCUCGUGGCCGCCGUCGCUGCUGACAAGAUCCCGGACUUCGUGGUCCCCGGCCAGUGUCCUGCCGUCGACGAGAGCAAGUUGUGGACCGAACAGAAACCUAACCAUGCCAACAUUGUUGGAGAAUGGUAUGAAUUCGCUCUUACGAAGAACCCAUAUCAGCCCCUCACCAAGUGUGUCCGGAACGAAAUAUCCUUCGAUGGUAAAGUGUUUACUGCGGCGGCACAUGGCGUUACUGCUGACGGCAGCUUACUGAAGCGAAACGGAAAGUCGUAUCCUAGUCCCUUCGGUGAACCCCAUCUCACCUUGGACUUUGAGAACUCUUUUGCUGCCCCGAUUGUCUUCCUGGACACGGACUACACCAACUUCGCCUGCUUGUACUCCUGCGUCGACUUCGGCCAAAGUUAUUACACCGACUUUGCCUUCAUCUUCUCCCGCUCGCCCAGCCUGGCAGACAAGUUCGUGAAGCGGUGUGAAGCUGCCUUCAAGAAGAUAAAUUUUGACACUUCCCGCUUCAUCAAAACUCCCCAAGGAUCAUCUUGCAAUUAUGAUGUACAGAAAACUCUUUGAAUGUCUAUGCUGGAUAUGGAUAGACAUUCUGUACGUCACUAAACUGUUUCAAAACUAAAAAAAAAAUGGAUAGUAAAAAUAAUUCGAGUACUUUUCAUACGUCAAUGAGAAUGUUUCAGCGGAUUUAUGAAUAUACAUGAUAAUCAUUGUUGUAUAUGAUAAAAAUACAUAUACAUAUACAAAUAUUGUUUCCUAGAACCUAAUAUUUUAAAUAUAAUGUCCUGUAUU